AGGAUUUACACUACCCGUAAAGGUUCGUGCAAUUUUGAGAGAUUUUUCAAAUACCACUCGUACUGUAAAUCCCUUUUGGACUCGCAUUUAUACGAUUACCUAUACUUAUCAUUUGUAAGUCGUUAUGGAAAUUCAUGUGAUAAGUAUUUGCCGCCGAUGGAAUAAGGACAAUAUACUCCCAUCUUAUCUACUGUAAACAACAGCUAGGGGUUUUUUGAUAACAGUUUAAAGACUAAAAGCCCUAAGUAUUUGUAAACAGAGAUGUUUGAAAAAAGGCUUAUACUAUUGGCAAGAUGACCAACUAUUUAAUUUUUUCAGCUGCUGUUCAUAGUUUAAACCAUCAUUUACCCUAGGUCUGUGGAAUAGCUGUUUUAAAAAUUUACCGUUCGUCCCUAAAUCAGAGCCAAAACUUAAACUUUCUGUUACCCACACUAUUCGGCUUUCGAUCCUUACGAACACGUGUAAUUCUGUUCUUUCAUUAUCUAACAUCUCGCAUUUCUUUAUUUUUAAUUUUCAAUCUACAUGCGAGACGUCAAUAUUGAGUAAUAAUUUCAGCCCAAACAUGACUUCUUAAAGGUAAAAAACUAGACAAAGGGGCAAAUUUAAAAGAUCAAACCAAUACACACCGGGGCCUUAAUUAUAAUCUAAAAAUUAAUUACGACGCGCAAAACAGUUAUAAAGGACAACUGCAUGGAUGUGUUGUCAGCGACAUGCAGUGAAAUUCGACGUUAACUGCUAACUUCAAGCUGACCGAGGUUUCUGGUCUGAUCUAAGAGCGAUCUUUACAGCGACUUCAAUUUUCUGAUCACACAAGAACAAUGGCGAACAGCACUGGAGACGGAAACUUCACAAGCAAACUGGACCACACACUCAGCCCAUCAUUCGGUACACUUGAAUUGUUUUUAGCUUUGAACAUUUUUCUAUCCAUCACCGCAUCUCUGGGCAAUACUCUGAUCCUUGUUGCCCUUCAUAAAGUCACUUUUAUUUAUCCUCCGACGAAACUCUUCUUUCGAUGUCUGGCGGUCACUGAUUUUUGUGUUGGACUGGUUGCCCAACCACUCUUUGCAACCUUCAUCCUGCUUAUCAUAACAGAGGUAAAAGGGACGGGUUUUUCCUUUGUUCACGAAUCUUAUAACGUUUUAACUUGGAUUUUGACUGGAGUAUCCCUCUUAACGUCAGCCGCAAUUAGUGUGGACAGACUUCUCGCCCUGUUGUUGGGAAUGAGAUACAGACUUGUUGUAACAUUAAGGCGCGUUCGAGCAGCUAUAGUUUGUUUUUGGUUAGUUAAUGCUUCAGCCGGAACGAUCCGGAUUUGGAGUGUAAACAUCUUCUUGAAAGCAGUGUCUGGUCUCUUCCUGUUUUCCCUGUUAAUUGUGAUUUUCUUUUACACGAGAAUCCACUUCAAACUACGACAUCAACAAACCCGCCUACAAAAUCAUGUCAGUCCCCAAGGACAACCGAACGGAAGAGGGAUUCCACUGAACAUAGCAAGAUACAAAAAGUCAGUUUCUAGCAUUUUGUGGGUGCAGCUGGCAUUAGCUGCCUGCUAUGUUCCCUGGAGCAUUCUGGCCUUGUUGUUUUUUAUCGGAAUAGACAAUCUCUUGGUUUGGAUAGCCACAGAGACUCUACUCUACCUUAAUUCGUCUUUAAACCCGAUCUUGUAUUGUUGGAAGAUCAGAGAAGUGAGACGAGCAGCGAAGGCCACAAUCAAGCAGCUUGACUGUUUUUAGUCAAUACUCCAACGACACUUUAAAGAACGCAUAAAUUAUAUUUAGUAGAAAAAGAUCACAAAGGUUGAAAUAAACCAAAAAAGAACUAUUUGUUUUGGUGGCAGAUUAAGAACAAACACUUGAAAUAUUUCGCGAAUGAUGCACCACCAUCCAUGAUGCAGUACUUUGAAAGCAAAACAUCAACUUUGUGUGAACUUUAAUGGACUUAUAUGCAAAGAAAUCGAUGAGAACAUUCUAACCAAGCUAGAAAUAUCAACGCUGUCGGAGUUAAGAUGAAGAGUGGUUUUAAGUUCAGAACUUUUGUCAAGUCCUCCUUAUUCGACUGAAUUAUGAACAUAUCUCUUUUAAAGGCGAUUUGAAGAAAACUUGAAGCAAAUUUCGCGUUUAAGAAAAAACAUCACGAAAUUAAAGCAACAAGUGUCGCGAACAUAACGUGACGCGAAAAUUAAGUGACUUAGAUUACGUCAAUAAUCAAGAAAGAGUGAGUCUUACCACUGAAACGUUCACAAAAUCAUAUUUUGAACUAUUCUGAGGCAAUGCCUCGGUCCUCCUCGUCACUACUGUUUUCUGUCUCCAUAAUUCACGUGCGAGCGUGAACUUCUUGUGGAGAUUGUGAGAGCUGCUUUGUUGUUACUGUUGACAUACAGUCCCGCCGUUUCUUUUUUUCUUUUUUUA